GAUGAACUAACAAAUAUGCAUGGCUGGAAACAAAAAGGAAAUACUGGAGCAGAAUGAUAAAAGAGAAAUUGUUUAAUGCCAUGACGGACAUACUGCUAGCGCCUACCUAGGAUCUGCCUGGUGAUCUUUCUCUCACAUUGGUUUCCUCUCUAUCUCCUACUUGGCUACUGCCCCCUUGCGCUCUUUAAUUAGAAGUUAAUAUAUGAGUUCAGAAAUGCGGAGGUAGGAAGAGAGUGGAAGAGUUGAGAACUUGCAAUGAGAGGGACUUCUGCUAAAUGGGUUGAGUGAAGGUGGAGAUAUAUCUUUUCUGUUGAAGAAAAGAUUCUACAGAGGCCAUGAUUUGUGGAGAGACCAAGAUUAAAGAAUUCUGCCCCAUCUCCAUGCAAACACUUGAAGCUCCUGAGUUAGGCUCUGUCGCUGUGCAAACACAUACAAGUAUAACCGCUGUGUGCGGAGGAUCCAGGUUUUGCCGAUGAAAUUGCUGCAAAGGUUGAGUCAUUAAAUGGUCUAAAGAGGAUCUGAUGAAUGCUUCAGGUAUCACUUCUAAACAACUUUUCGAGCAGGCCAUCACAUCCAAUUCCAAUGGAGCAUGUGAUUUGUGCACUCUUUAUGUCUUCUCUUAGUAGUCAACUAAUCCUGGGAAAAAGACAAAAUGAAAUUAGGCAAUUAAA